CUCCCUCCCUCCUUCCCUCCCUCCUUCUCUCUCUCUCCUCCAGCCGGUAAAUCCGAUCUAGGCCGAUUCCUCUCACGUCAAACCACAUGAUCCCAUAAAACAUUCAUCAACCUUUCCAGCUCCCAGCCGCCGAAAGCCGCUCGGUCCGCCGGAGCCUCUCCUCUUGGCGAUUUGGGAUUUGCCUUCCCCUCUUCCUCCCUCUCUCUCGCUCUCCUUCCCCUUAGCCUUACAACUCUGAGGAUCGGGGCCUCUUUGGCCGGAAAGGAAGCAAGGAUUCGGCAAAGGAAGGAAAGAAGGAAGGAAAGAAGGGAGGAGAAAGAGCUCUCGCCUCCGGAGCGGAGCCGAGGCGGCGGCCAGGAUCGGGGCCUGCCGAGAGCUGCAAAGGAAGGGGGAAAACGGGUCCGCCGUGGGGUGCCCCUCGCCUGGAUGCGGGCUGGUCGCCCCAUGAGCCAGGCGGGAAGUUUUGUGCAUGAAGCGGCUGCCUCUUCCUCUUCUUCCUCCUCCUCCUCUUCCUCCUCCUCCUUCUCCUCCUCCUCCUCCUCCUCCGCCGGCGCCCUUUUGGGAACGGAUUGCCCGCCGCCGCCGCCUCGCCGCCUCCCUGUUGCCCCCCAAGAGGUGCCUUCCCCGAGCCCCUAAAAUGAAGAGGGUGAUCCUGGAAGAAGGAACCAAACUGCUGAUUGUGGCACUUUGUCUGAACUUCCUGGCGGAAGUGAGACCUUGCCCUGGGGCUUGUGUCUGUUACAGCGAGCCCAAGAUCACCAUAAGCUGCCAGCUGCAAGGACUCGCAGCCAUCCCCACUGAGAUUCCCGUUCAGACUCAGCGAGUCUUUCUCCACAGCAACAAAAUAGCCACAAUCGGGUCCACCAGCUUCACCUCCUGCCGCAACAUGUCCAUCCUGUGGAUCCAUUCCAACAACAUCAGUGUAAUUGAAGCUGGGGCAUUCUAUGGACUGGAUAAGCUGGAGGAGCUAGACCUGAGCGACAACAUGAACCUGAAGUCCAUUGCCCCAUCCACCUUCCGAGGCCUUGUCCGGCUCCAUACAUUACACCUCGCUCGCUGCGGACUCUUGGAGCUCUCUACGCAGCUCUUCCGAGGGCUUUUCUCCUUGCAGUAUCUCUACCUGCAGGACAACAACUUGCAGAACCUCCAGGAUGACACCUUUGUGGAUCUGGCCAACCUCACCUAUCUGUUUUUGCAUGGGAACAAAAUUAAGACCUUGUCUGAGAAUGUCUUUCGAGGGCUGACCAAUCUGGACCGGCUGCUCUUGCAUCAGAACCGGGUGAGCGUGGUCCACCGUCGGGCUUUCCAUGAUCUGGGGAAAGUGUUGACCUUGUACCUAUUUAACAAUAACCUGACAGUGCUCACGGGAGAGACGAUGACACCAUUGGUGUCCCUACAGUAUCUGCGUUUGAAUGGGAACCAGUGGUUGUGUGACUGCCAAGCCCAGUCCCUCUGGGAUUGGUUUCAACAGUUUAAGGGAUCCUCUUCAGAGCUGGAGUGCCAUCUGCCUGCCCACCUGGCAGGACGGGACCUCAAACGAUUGGAGAGCUCUGACCUGGAAGGCUGCCUCGACUCCUUCAACCAGGUCCGAACCAGCGUCUUCAGCACCAAGACCCGAUCUGGCAAGUUGCCGACAGCUGGCCCUCCUCUCCUCCCACCUGAAAGCUCCCGCAAAUGCUGCCAGUCAGAAAUGGAUAAAUCUUUUAUUUAUGAAGCCAAAGCCAAGGCGGGCCCCUCUUCGCACAGUAGCCGGGCCUCCCCGAACAACCCGCUCAAGGAUAAGGAGAACAUGGCCAAAACCAAGUACCCAGGGGAGAUGGACCCCAUCAAAAAUGGGAGCAACAAGCAGAUCAAUGACUCCCCCUUUGGGACUUUCCCCAGCGUGGUGGACCCCCCCUUGACCAAUUUGAAACCUGAGUUCCUAGGCCCCAUCCAGCCCUCCACAGUCCCGACCAAAAAGAGGCAAGGGUGUUCCAAAAAGAACAAGUCGAGGUCGCAGUGCCGCAUGUCCCAGCCCGCACCAAACUCCACCUCUCCGCUCAUCCCGAGCAUAUUGAUCCCGCCUUUGGUGUGGACCCUGAUUUUGUUUGUGCUCAAAAACGAGUCGUUCCCUUGAGCUGCGAUGCUCUCGAACCCCAGACUUUUGCUUUAAAAAAAGAAAAUCAACCAAGAAAUGGGAAACUGACCAUAAUUUGUGCCACCGCCACCACACCCUGGACGCCGUGAUUGAUCGGAGAAAACUUUGCGACGCAAACCGUUAACUGGAUGCCUUUCUUGACCUAAAACAAAGGAAAAAGACUCUCCCCCUACCGCCCACCGACACACACACACAAACCAACAAAAAAAUUGUACAUAAUUUAUUUGUCCCUCCUCCUGAACUCUAUGUGUUUGAUUUGUUGUUUUUGGUCCUUGGAACAACAGCGCUUCUCUUCUGGUCGUUCUCCCCAAAGCAGAGGGUUCAAACCGGAAAAGGGGAGGAAAAGUGAAAUAAAACAGGAAACAAACGAUGAGGUGCGAAAAGUUCACUAUCACAAUGUGUUGUUUUUUUAAAAAAGAUAUUGAAAUGAAAAAAAAAAGCAGAGAAGCGUGGCGUGUAAUUAGAAACUGUUCUUAAAUGAUGUUUGCCAGUUUUGCCGCCAUUGUUUUUCCCUCCCACAAUGCCAUGUUUACGGAAGGGGGGCAUUUGUUCAAGAAUGCUUCCUCAUCAUUCACUCAAGGCUGCGGUGUGUAUGUGUAUAUAUAUACACACACACAUAGAUAGAUAUGUAUUUUAUUUUACAUGUGUACAAGUGCAACAGAAAGAGAAAGAGAUGCAAAAUAAAGAUUUCCUCAUUUUUUUCCC